CGACAAAUUAUUAGAGACGAGAGUCAAUCGAUAAACUUUCGCGUACUUUCCAUUCUAUGCCGUAGCCUUACAAGAUCAAACCUCAACAAAACCUCAAAGCUAUUUAAAUACCACACAUCAAAUAUACCAAGCUUCAGCCAGUCUAAAUUUUAUCAUAUCCACUCUUUCAGUGUUCUUGAUCAGAGCAUGGCAUAGCGUAGUAUCUAUUAAAGCCUUCCGCAGUCGUCGCAGGCAACUCGCUCAAGAUGGCAUCUUCGCCAGGCCAGACUCCCUCCGAUGAUGAAGCGACGAACAACGAUACGACUGCGACAGCGCCUCAGAUUAUCGACAACCAUGAAGAACCUACCAGCCGUCACUCGUUCUCUGACCCUCCGCCGAAUACACGUCGAUGUUUCAUCUGCCUUGUCGAUGAGCCCGAGGCUACACUCCCCACCGACUGGUCGACACCAUGCACUUGUACACUAGAAGGGCAUCAUGAAUGUCUAAUGGCUUGGAUCACAGAUCUAGAAUCCCAGUCAAAGGAUAUUAAGUGUCCCAUAUGCAAAGCGUCCAUCAUAGUUACCGAGCGAUGGGACCUUGCCACAUACCUGGAUGACUUCCUGACUACAACGUACUCAAGAUGGUCUCCGCAGAUCUUGUUUGGAUUUCUUGCUUCCGGCGCGCUGGUUAGCAGCUCAGUUUAUGGAAUCAAGGCUCUAGAUUUGUUUGCAGGCCCUGAAGCUACGAUGAACUUCCUGUUCGGCUCCGAAGACCCUCUUCUAUUUGGCAUCAUACGUCUCCCCGUUCGCGUAACAGAUAGGGGCCGCAUGCCCCCUAUUAACCUAGUAAACUUUGCUAUAUUGCCAUUCAUCGCCCCAGGGCUGGUACUCAACCGACUACGUUUACAGGGUGUUAGUUUAUUUCCGACUUCAGUACUGUAUGCAACGUUCGUGGCGGUUAUGGACCACGCGGACGAAUAUUUCACGUGGCCUCCAUCCCCCCAACGAGCCUUAGCCAUCUACCCAGCCCUCAGGACCUCCUACUUCCAACUCCACAGCACAAUCUCUAAAAACCUCGAGAAAAGAUGGAAAGCACAAGCAAGAAAGCUGAUGGCCAACAAGGUAGGCCAGCAGCCUGCUGCAAUACCUACCGGCGAAGAACCUGCGAUUGAUGGCGACAACCUCCUCGACUUUGAAAUCGAUAUGGUGUUGGACGAUGCUGAUGAAGAGGAGGGAAUCCGCCAUAGGCAAGACAAUCGUCGAAACAGGGUAACACAGAGUAGGCCACUCGAAAACUUCCUGGCCGGUUCAUUACUUUUCCCAGGCGUAUGCUACGGAAUGGGUGAGAUAUUGAGAUUUGUGCUUCCCUCGCGAUUUGUUAAACGCCCGUCGUCUGGCUUUUGCACAGGUCUGCUCCAAGAGCGGUGGGGACGAAGCCUUGUCGGCGGGUGCUUAUUUGUCGUGCUGAAGGACGUAUUCUUCCUAUGGGUUAAGUACAGGAAGAUAAUGAAUUGGCCAUCGAGAAAAAUCAAGAAUGCGGAGAGUCGAAACCGACGUCGUUAGUGGAUAGACAUAAUAGCGAUACCCAUUAGGGAAAUCAGCAGGCGUUUUUUAGGGAGGCGUCAAGUUAUGUUACAGGUUACGGUAUUCGGUUAUUAAGGCAUAUGCAAAGGUAUGCAUGCGUACCUAAGGUAUGGAGAUAUAAUCUCUACUCGUGGUGCAGACUGCGUGAUACUUGUGUACGAUACCAGGUAGCCAACAUAGGUCCAUCUGCGAAGGCCAGGGUAAGACUAGGUAGUUUAAUAUGACGUCGGCUAGAUCAAUGAGACUCAAACCCCCUGGUAGUAAUUUGGCUAACCUAGGCAUUUACAAGACCAAGUUUCUGUUUAUCUCUCCACGAGAUUAUUAAGUCGUACUUUACUGUGAUGAAUAACUGCGACAGC